AUCGACGCGAGUAGUCCGACAGUGUCGCAACGAUGUUCAGUGAUUAAGUAAGCGUAUUCGGAUCAUCUGUAAAUCAACAUCCUCGUGCUCUGAUCGUCACGGUCUUUAAGAUCUCACGUGGACGUAGUUCUCUUUGGUACCGUUGAUCGGUAGGGCAGUUUUCAAUAGUGCAUCGAUUACAGAAUCAGCUGUGUAGCUUGGUGCAUCGUUGUCUCUGCCCCUCUUACCUCCUGCAGCGGAUCUACUUGUCACUUAUAUAGGAUCAAGAGGACAGCAAGGAGCAUACAAAGCAUGGUGAAGUCCCGUUGUUGACAGGAUUGGACUGUGGGGAGUUGUUUGUACCUUCUAUAGUUUGGUAUAGUGAUCCUUAUCGUAGACCCUGGAGUAUUUCUGCCAAUGCGUCAAGCUACUGUAAGGAAAUCAGUAUACUGCUGCAGGCACUAUAUUUUUCCAACGACAUCUCACGUCUUGGUUUUUACUGCAAAAGAGGUUUUCCUGAACUGUCGGAAUCAACCAGAAAUAUGAAAUUGAGAUAACUGAGUUGAACUUUACGAUAAUCGUAGAACGAGGCUGAAAAUCCUAUCAAUACUCAAGAUAAUAUCAAUAACGAAUGAUUUUACGAGUAUCUAAAACAUCGCUUUAAUGCUGGUGGAAUAGAAAUCGUUGAUCCCAUCCAUCGGUCUAAAGAAUAGUUUUGGUUUGUUCUUUGUCUGAGAUACGAAAAACGUGUCAGUGGUACACACGUAUUACAUUGAUUUUUAAACCCAUGAAUAGUGUGUUUGUCCUAUUUAUCGUGAAAUAUCGUGAGCUUGUAUUCCUUUAAACAAUUUCAUUAACCGAGUCUUUUAUUAUCCGUUAUUUACGCGAACGCAUACUUGUUUUUCGUGAAAUUCAGUGCAGUGUCAUCUGAUGGUGUUCUUUUUUAACGUUGAUUUCAUCUACAAAUUUAAAGGCUGUCUAUGUUGGAUCAAGAGCGUGAAAGUUAUCGUCCUCGAUCAUUACUCCUAACUCUGGACUUUUUUUACAACUAUUUGAAGAUUGCCAAAAAGAGAACGGAUCGGGCUCAACAACGAAUCAACACGUCGAGCUCAUAUUCGUCGACGCCAUUGUUAAAAUACAUACACGUUUUGCAAACACUUAACAGCAUAAUAGGAAUUACGCAAGAUCAAAGAUACCUAGCGUUUUUUUAAACGAUUCGGCUCAUCGGCCUUGAAAGCAGUAUUCAUUUAGGGAGAAAAGAAUGUUUCCCCCUGAUUCCUAGCAGCGUUACGCUCUAUCUUGGCCUCUUCCUCUUCCUUGUGUUUCGUCGGUUAAGUCUGCUACGAGAUGACAGUCACCUACACGGCCGAGGUUGCCACCUGUCGAGGAUUGGGCUGUUUCCUCAAAUUAUUGCUCAGAUGGCGCGCCAGUAUAUACAAGCUUGUAUGGCUCGAUCUGGCACUUUUUCUCUUCAUCUACUAUGCCCUGUCGACCGUCUAUCAACUCCUGCUGAAUGCAGAGCAGAAAAAGACCUUUGAAGCUGUGGUAGCAUAUUGCAAUGAAUAUAGGGAACUUAUACCACUCUCAUUUGUUUUGGGAUUCUACGUUAGCAUCGUUAUGACAAGAUGGUGGAAUCAGUACAUGGUGAUACCCUGGCCGGAUUCCAUUGCAGUUUUUGUUUCUGCUACUAUACAUGGAAACGAUGAAAGAGCGAGGCUCAUGCGACGAACCAUUGUUAGGUAUGUCUGCAUUUGUCUCACGCUUGUUCUAAGCAAUAUCUCACCUCGGGUCAAGAAACGUUUUCCUACUCUGGAUCACUUUGUUGAGGCUGGCUUGUUGCUGGACAAUGAACUUUUGAUCUUUCAAAGUCUCAACGCAAAGUUUCCUAAGCCUAGCAAACAUUGGCUUCCAAUUGUCUGGGCUUCGAGUAUCGUGACGCGUGCCAGGAAGGAAGGUCGUAUCCGUGAUGACUUUGCUGUGAAGACGCUGAUCGAUGAACUUAAUAAAUUUCGAGGACUUUGUGGAAGACUCAUUCAUUAUGACACGAUCAGUGUACCUUUAGUUUACACUCAAGUCGUUACUUUAGCUGUGUAUACAUACUUUUUGACAAGUGUCAUGGGUAGACAAUGGACAGAGACCACCUCCAAGUCUACAAUUGAUCUUUAUUUUCCUGUCUUCACGACCUUGCAAUUUUUCUUCUACAUGGGCUGGCUCAAGGUAGCCGAGACUCUUAUUAAUCCAUUUGGAGAAGACGAUGAUGACUUUGAAGUGAACUGGAUCAUUGACAGAAACUUGCAAGUGAGCUACCUUAUUGUUGACGAGAUGCAUCACGAUCAUCCUGAACUGAUUCGUGAUCAAUACUGGGACGAGAUAUUCCCUAUGGAGUUACCGUACACGGCUGCAGCACAGCCAUUCCGCGAGGAACAUCCUCAACCGUCUACAGCUGGAAUUCAGUUGUCAGCGGCACAACAGGAACUUCAGCCAUCAGCUGUUCGAAUAGAUGAUUUAGCUCCUGAUUAUCAUCAAAAGUUUAAUAACGAAAUUGCCGAAGACGCUGCGUCGGGUAUUCAUUUUAUAGCGGGUGGUAAAAUAUCUAGGAGUGCCAGCAGAGUAAGCACCAGAGAUAGAACGCUAAGUGGCGGCUCGACACCAAGCAAUAUAGGAGGGUCCCUGACAAGAGUAAACAGCGUAACGAGUGUUCUUCGCAGAUUGUUCAGUAAAGAAGAUAGACCAGACGGAAACAGCGCUCCCGGUAGUGGAACUAAAACACCAGCGAGGUUGCCUAAUUCUAGCUCAGCGGCAUCCUUGCAAACGAGAUUCCCUGGCGGCGGCGGAUCGAUGAGAAUAGGAGUAAUCGAGGAAGUUGACGAGCAGAUGACGAUGACGUCAAUGAGGCCGGAAACUCGUCCCCAUGUACAAAGCAUAUUCCCUCAAGGUCCUCCACCAGCCAGUGCUCCAGUCGACGUCCCGGGAACGAUCUCGCACUCUAACAAAAAUGGCGAGCUUCUCUCCAGUAGCGCACCAGCAGCCGCAACAGCAGCGCGAUCACUCGCAGCCAGGUCUGAUAAGCAAUUCCAACGUCGUUAUCCGUUUCGCGCUUUCUCCUUCGAUGUGCCAUACACUACACUUGCUUCUUGUCGUCCCAGUCAAUUGCCAGCACCCGAAGAACAACCAUUAUUGUCCCCUGCGACAUCUUUCAGGGUGCAACGGCCGACGCAAUCGGCGCGCUCCAGCGCAGCCUUCGACCCUGGUCCACGAUAUAGUAGCGGCGGCGUCAAUGAUACCGACAAUAUCAGUAUACGGAGCUCGGCUUCCUCAGGAAGUUCGGACGACGAAUUUUCCAAGCUCAAGACAGAGAGGGAGAAGCAGCGAAAGGAUCGAGCUAUGAAGUUGCUCGCAAGGAGCGUCAGCGCUCAAACCCACGUUAGUGGGCACAGUGGAAGUGGUGGUGCGUUACUCGAUGCUGCAGACUCUGAAACUCUUCUUUCUGAACUUGCAAAUACGUCGCGACUUUCUCUACGAUUACCAGAUCAUGACGAUAGGGAAAAUGAUAGCGAUCAUGUAUAACUCAUGACCACUUUAGGUGAAAUUUUAGCGACUUCCUGUCAAACGGUACUUACUGUGCACCUUUCAGAAAUAAUAUUUCGUUAUUACGAAAUAUCAUUCACGCGAUCGUUAAUCUAAUAUCUAAGUAGGUUACGCGUUAUAUGGAACUAACGCAAGAGUUACUCGCGAUAGUCAUGCUCUUUAUAUACAAAUAAGAGUCAAUGUUUUUGUACGAUACUUUACUAAGGUCACCGUUAAGAACUUAGCAAUAAUUUUGUUAUUGCGUAAAAUUAGAAGGAAAGGAUAUACCGUUAUUAUUCUAGCUACAUUGAAGACAUCAUUUACGUCUUAGAAAGAAUAUACUGAUCGGAUCAACGAAAGCAAAUGAUUCUCAAAUUCGCUUUAUGAAACUUUGAAAGGUAUUAACUGCCUUAAAUCAUCAAGUGCCUCUAAUAUUCAGGUUUGACUUUAACGUUUAGAUUUGCCACUCGUGUUUUGCGAGUAGAAAUUUCAUAUUCAUGUUAUCCACUUGUCACAGCUUACGAAUGUAUAAUGUACAUUCCGACGUUUAAGAUAACUUUUCAUACUUUUUCGUCUCAAAUUUCUCAUUACCACACGCAAAUUUUAAUUAUACGAGACUGCCUAUAUACUCUCGAUAUAUUUAAUCGGUGGAAGGUCUAGAUUGUGCUACCCGAUCCGUAGUAAUUUCAAGAGCAUCGCGACGCUCUGCUACUAAGAGACCAAUGACGCUUGUGUACAUUUAAUAAUGGCGUUCGAUAUUUAUUGAUCUACUUAUUGCUCACUAGCGGUCAAAAACUAUAAUGCCAUAGUGCUGCUUGCACAAUAAGAGAUGGAACGGAUAACGAAAUAGUAUACACGUGUAAACGAUAAUAAAGAACAUUCCAAGGAUUGUAUAAUUAAUGGUGCUAGACUUGCGUGAAAUUAUCGCGUGAAAGUACUUGUUUUACCAGUAUUAUUGUUAUAAUAAAUUAUUACCGUUUUAA